AUGUCAUUUGAAUCAAAUCUCAAGAAAAGCCUAGAAACAGCUGGAGGAGGAACCCUAUUCCAGAUUCACGACAUCAAAUCCAGUGUAUUCAAAUGCGCCUCACCAUUGAUAAAAGCUCACAAGGGAGACACACAUUGUCAACAUCGUCUCAUCUUAGUAUCAACAGCAAACGAAGGCCUUUUGACUGGCUUAGAGACCUAUGAGUAUGUCCUUUCAUCACCAGAAUCCGCCGAUAAACGCGUGAUAUAUAUAUCCAAAGUCGAUACUACAUCCAAUUGGAAAAAAUACAAAGGCUUGACUGCACGUGUAGUGCAAUCCUAUAUUUCCAGUCUACCGAGAUAUUCGAGCAUCUUUGUCUUUGCUAGAGCCCAACCACAGUAUCUCUUUGCCAAAUCAGCGAAAAACAAGGCAAAAUCAGUGCUAGAUGAUCGUCAAUUAGUAUCGUGGUGGCUGUCUGUAUUCAACAAACUCUCUGUGCAAUGUGAAGGAUGGUGGUCUGUGCCAGGCAUUGAGGAUAGCAACAGCGCAUUAGUUGAAAUUGGCGCCAAAAAGAGAGGAUGGACACCAUCUGACAAUGUGAAAUGGACUUACGGGACAUCAUACGCCUCAGAUGCCAUUGCAGAACAAGUGAUUCCUCGAUUCGACGAUGAUGCCAAAUCACGUUUACUGAAGAGUACCAAAGAGCAAGAUAUGACAGUGCAUGAUUUUUGGAGCAUUUUGUCGUUUGGAGAAGAAUGUGGAUCAGGGAAAAUAACUGGCUUUUUUGAAGUGAGGCUCGUGGAUGAAUCGCUCAGCGCAGACAUAGAAAAUAAUGCAUUGGUCGUCAAGAAUAGAGACUUUACAGUGUUUUGGAACAAGUUCAUGUCACUUGAUUUCCACAGCGAUGAGACCAAUGCAGAGUCAACCCAAUCAAUAAUGCAAUGCAUCAACGACAUGUUCCCAGACUUGCAGCCAAUCAACAUUGAAAGCAAAGCAGCCACUGGAAUAAAUAUCCUUGUAAAUGAUAAUAGCGCGGAUAAAAGACCUGCUAUCAACAUGCUCUCUAGUGGUUUCAUCAAGCGCAAAAAGGUCUAA